CGUGGUUUGACAAUGUCAUAUCUCGUUGUAUUUCUUCUUGCUGCUCUCUGGGCACCAUCUAUCGCUAAUGACCGUGCACUUGUGCUGUUGGAGAACCUUUCUAUUAGGGAAAGUCAUUCCAUCUUUUUCGGGGCUCUAAAAGAGCAAGGCUUUACUCUAUCAUUCAAGAUGGCAGACGACCCACAUUUGUCUCUCAUCAAGUAUGGCGAAUUUCUGUAUGAGCAUCUCAUUGUCUUUGCACCAUCCGCUACAGACUUGGGUGGUGACAUCGAUGUGGCUGCAAUCACAAAUUUUAUCGACGGUGGCGGAAACGUGAUAGUUGCCGCUAACUCUGACGUUGGUGACGUCAUUCAAGAGCUUGGCACCGAGUGUGGCGUUGACUUUGACGAGGAGAAGACGUCGGUAAUUGACCAUUUAAAUCACGAUGUCUCGGAUCCUGGAUAUCACACAAAAGUUGUCGCCGAUCUUUCUCAAGUGAUCGAUUCUUCGGUAAUCGUUACUAAUCGACCGACAUCACCAUUGCUCUUUUCUGGUGUUGGCAUGACUGCUGACCCUGAUAAUCCUCUUGUGUUGGAGAUUUUGACCGGGUCUUCGACAUCGUAUUCCUAUACUCCAGACGACGAUAUCAAAAACUAUCCUCAUGCUGUUGGUCGAACUACUUUGCUCAUCGCUGGCCUCCAAGCAAGGAAUAAUGCUCGUAUUAUUUUUUCUGGUUCUCUUGACUUCUUUAGCAACGAGUACUUUGUGUCACCCAUACAAAAAGCCCUCCCUGGUUCUAAAAAGUAUGAGAAAUGUGGGAAUGAAGAGCUAGUGAUGUCAUUGUCUCAGUGGGUAUUUAAGAAACAAGGCGUUCUUCGUUAUUCUGGUGUUAUGCAUCACAAGCAAGGAAGCAGUGAUCCACCAGUUGCAUACACUGUCGCUGACGAUGUGGAAUAUACGAUCAAUAUUGAAGAGAUGGUGAAUGCCAAGUGGGUGCCUUUUCAGGCAAAGGAUGUUCAAAUGGAAUUUGUCAGGAUUGAUCCAUUUGUGCGUCUCAAUCUUAAUGUUUCCAAAGAUGGUCGUUUCCAAGCCCUAUUCAAGCUGCCUGAUGUGUAUGGAGUGUUUCAGUUUAAAGUUGACUACAAACGUAUCGGUUACACCAACCUGUACUCAACCACUCAGGUAUCUGUGAGGCCCUACACUCAUACGCAGUAUGAACGUUUCAUUUUCUCUGCUUAUCCCUACUAUUUCAGUGCUUUUUCAAUGAUGUUUGGGCUGUUUGUGUUCAGCAUGGUGUAUUUACACCACAGGGAUGAUCCGAAAGACAAACUUGACUAACUGGGACUUGUUUCUGUGCUGUUGUCUGUAUGUUUGACCAUAGAAUGGGCAGUACUGUAGUAAAUUACAAAGCUGUGUAGUACUACCAAGUUCCAUAUUUACUGUUUACAUAAUGGGUUGUCUGUUUAGAAACAAG